AAAAGUGCCUGCAACGGCGCGGGGUUCCCCAGGUGGAGCUGGUCCGGGCUUUCUCUCCCCUCCUCCUCUGGCUGCCUUUCCUCCUUUGUGGCCGCAUCCAGGGCGCUUCAGUCCCCCUCCCACGCUUCCUCUUUCCCUCCCUCCCCGCCUCAUCCUCACUUCGGGGAGAGAAAGCCGGGCUCUUUCCUGUCUCCCGGCCGGCCCGGGCUCUCACCGCGCCCGCCGUGCGGCGGUGCUGCGCCCCGCUCUGCUCCCCCUCCUCUCCCUCCCAUCCCCUCCCCUCCCAUCCCCUCCCGCCUCCCGGGGCCGCUCCCGCCUCCGGGGGCCACUCCCGCACAUGGGCGCCGCUCGGGGCUCCCCCUGCGCCCAGGCGGCGGCGGCGGCGGCUCCCCCCCAGCCCCGCAGCGCCUAGCCCGGCCGCCCUCCCUCCCGCCCCGAUUCAUUUGUUGUUGUGCUGUUCUCUCUCUCUCUCUCCCUCCCUCUCCGCUCCCUGAACUUUUGUCACCGCGGCCGCUGCGCCGAUGAAGACUUUUCGCGCCGGGGACGCCUAGCUCUCCCCGCCACCCCUGCUGCUGCCGUGCCCCGCGCUGCUCCCCGGCCGCGAUGCCUUUCCCCCUGCGGACCCUGGAGCCGCUGAAGCUGUGCAGGUUGGAAGAGGCCGGCGGGGAUGGCGCGGAGCGGGGCGGCCCGGCGCCCGGGGACCACGCCGGGACGGCGGAGGGGGGCGGCGGGCGCCGCCGCGGCUCGGUGCCGCUCUUCGGGACGCUGGAGCAGGUCAGCUCGUACGCGCUGGUGUCGCUGCUGAUGCAGCUCUCCGACCUCUCCCGCUGCGCCGGCGACAUCUUCGGCGGGAUCCUCAGCGAGGCGGACUCUCUGUGCCACCGCAACGCCCGGCUCCAGCGCCGCCUCGGCGCCCUGGAGGAGCUCCUCGCCCGCCUCGACCACCGCAAAGUCAAGAUCCGUGAGUACCACCCUCGCCCGGCGCUGCGAGCUCGUCCGGGACGGUGGCGGGGCGGCUCGGGGAGCGGGAGGACCGCAGGAGGGCGGCCGCCCGGUGGCGGAGCUGUUGGCGCGGCAGGCUGGGCUCUAGUUUGUGAUUUAUUUGAAAAUAGAAAGGAAAGAGGGACACCUAAGCAUCCCCGUCUCUCUUUUCCCAUACUCCGGGGCGGCGGCCGCCCCCGGUCCCGCCGCGGCUCCUCCGGGGCCCGCGGGUGCCCACGGGCUCUAGCGCAGCGCUGCUCAUCCCCCUCCGGGACGCCCGGCCCCGGCUCCGUCCCGGUGGCUCCGUCCCGGGAUGUCGCUGACGAGCGGGAGGGGCGGCGUCAGCGUGCGGGACCGGCGGCUGCGGGUGUUCCCCCGGUGCUUCUGUGCGGCCGAGCCCUCGCUCACCGGGGAGAGAACGUGUCCGCGGGCGGGCAGCGGGCGGGGGGCGCCAGCACCGGGAGCUGAGAGCGCUGCCAUCCCGGGGGAGUUUGUUUAUGUGCUUAUGCCGGGUAUGCGCUAGACUUGGGAUCAGCCGAGCUUCUGACAGUUCAGCCCACAUGCCUGAUUAAUUCUUUUGUAUGUGCAUGGAAAGACCUCAGUAAAUAGAAACCUAGAUGUAUUUUGCAGCUGGGUUUGUGUCUCUCAGUUCUCUCGAGCUUCUGUUCUUCGCGCAGAGCUGAUCUCAAACUUUGGAAUUUCAACUUCAUACGGAGCUCAGGCAGCAAGAUGUAGAUUCGGCCUCAGAUUCCUAAGUACUGGCAGCAUGGGAGGCUGUUCUUAAGUUUUUUCAGAGCCUGUAAAGUGGCCCUUAGAAGUGACUAAUUGUACACCUACACAGAGCUAUAGAAAAAGGUGGUUUGUUUUUUUUUUUCCUGAGCUUGGUCCAAUUUUGCAGAAAGGACCCAGUAAAAAUUGCAUCUGGUGCAUGAAGUUUUGUUUAUGCUAGACCCAGCUCCCCACAAACAAUGUGGGAGAUGGCUUGCAACAUCAGCUUAGCUUUCUCAAUGUGCUGGAAACAUUCAGGAACCCAAAGAGUUGUGUUGCAACUUUUGUGGCAGCUAUAGAAGGUGUAAGCCCAGCCUAAAUAGGGUUGUUGCUCAGAGUCCACCGACAGCUUUUUUCUGACUGGAAGUAGAAACCUUGCUUUCCAUAUGGCACACUUAUGAGCGAAAUUGAUAAGGAAAUAAGUUAAUUGAUAAUUUCAGAAAUAAGAUUUAAAGAGUAUGAAACUUAACCUGUUUCAUUGCAGAAGUAUUCCUUAUGGUAUGCUUGAGUAUGUGAUUUCUCUGGGGGAGGACACCUCCAUCAUCCAUACCAAACCUUGUGGUUUUUAAGGGUGAGGGUAAAGUUUGUGCUAACCAGUUUUACUGUUUUAGGUGCUUUAUAACUGAAUGAUAAACGUAAGGACAAUUUCUUCCUCACCAGGACAAGUAUAACCUUUCCUGCCACUAUAGUUGUGUUAAUUAGGCGUGGUAUGGUGCUGUCACACUUGGAAUGCAAGUGUGUUAUUACUGAGGAUACCUGCAGUAUAGUGGUAUAUUAAAUUGAUUGCCUGAUAGGAAGCAAUAUUUAUUUAUUUCAGUUUAAAGAGAAUGCUAAUGAUUACCAUACACUGAUGCAAUGUAUAUAAAGGCAAGGGGGAAAUAAGGCUACUGCUGCACUGAAACCCUGAAAUUCUAGGUGUCAGACUCUUAGUGAUUGUAUUCUUUCUUAGUCAUCUUUUUGCACAAAUUAUAUAUUCGUGAAUUGUUGGUGUUGUUGUUAUAGCUCAGUUUUUCAGACUAAGCCUGUUAUUGCUUUUAAUUUGAUGGUCUUUGCUCUUGUGAUCGUACGCCCAAAAUGGGAUGCAGUUCUUAUGUUUGAUUUUAAAUUCUUUCUAAGUGUCAUAUCUUCUGUUCAUUCAGUUUUGCUACUUUGCUGCUGCUGCUGCUAUAUUCACUUUUCAAAGAUCUCGUUCAUUUAAGUCUAAGAGAAUUAAUGAUUAUUUAGCUCUAUUUUUUUGUGUGUGUUUUGGUUGGUUGUUUGUUUUUUGUUGGGGUUUCUUGUUUUGUUUGUAAAGGAAGGUUAUUUUAUUUACCUGUUCAGUCAGUAGGAAUUGAUGUGUAGGCUGAGCAUAUUGUCAUGAAACUGCACAUAAAGCUAUGACGAUUCCUAUAGGCUUUCUGGAUACUGCACUCUGCUCAAGGAGAUCAGGUAGGAUGCUCAGUUGCAGUUAGAGUCAUGAACAUCUCUGUAAUACAAACCAUCAAGACUUGUCUGCAGAUUUAACCCUGUUCCUGACAUUAAAGGGAACUAUAUGGAAAACAAAGAAAAUGGUUUAAUAAUGCUGUCUUUGUUUGGGAACAACAGCAAGGGGGAUUUUUCCUUCCAAUUUUUGAAGCCUCAUAGAGAAAGCUGUUUGCUGGUGCAGGAUGUAAGAACAACAAGGAUUGUAUAAUUGCUUUCCCAUUUACUAGGUUUUUACUAAUCAUAAACCUUUUCAGAUAUUGUAAACUACUGCACCUUUUGUGGUGCACAAGUACACACACAGGUGCAGAAUGACAUUGUAUCAGAUGACUUAAGUAAUUUGCUCUUGCAUUCAGGAUGAGGGGAUAGGACACUGUACACCUACUUUUCAAAUCACGGGUAAUUUCUACUUGAAUAAAUGUCUUUUGUUCUCUUUGUGAGGCCCAGACAAUAAUUUCCUCUUGCAACUGAAGGUCCCAGAACAACUUUUGAGAUCCCAGCAUGAUGUUGUAUGGGAACGACCAGCAGAGGACUAGAAAACUUCAAAUCUGGGUUACAACCACUUUUUGGGAAAUAGCUGCAAACUGGCACCUGGUAGAAGAUAUGCAAUGUGUGUCCAUGGUGCUUGGGAAAGUACAUACUUAGAAAUUGUUGGUUUGUGGUUUUGUUUUUUUUUUUGCACUAUCAUAAUUUUGUUUCAAAGUUAAGUUUACAUGCAGUACCCUUCCGAUAAGAGGGGUCCAUCAGUGUU